CCCUUCAAAAAUUGAAAUGCUCCGAAUUCAUUUCUCUGUUCAAAAAAAAAUUAUCUUUCCUUAGAUUCUAUUAGUUUCUGGUUAUUAUUCAUUAAUUUCCUUCUUUUAAAAUUCGAGGGUUGUUUUCUUUUUCUUCUUUGGAGAAGCCAAAUUCACAGUAAAGAUGGUGAAAUCGGCUUCUUCUCCAGUGACGAUAACGGUUUCGUCUGCCGGAAAAGAAAGUGGGAGUAGAAGCAUGGGAUUAACCAGUCCAAUUCCACGCCGUGCAUCGAUAUCAAGCAACGCAAGUCCGCUCGGCGGUGGAGGGAAUAGGAGGGCUUCCAGUGGAGGAAGGUACAGCUCUAUGACGAAAGACGAUCCCAUCGAAGAGAUUAACUCAGAAUUUGUAAGCUACACAGUCCAUAUACCUCCAACACCUGAUCACCAAUCCAUAUCAGCCUCACAAACAAGCCUCAAUGAAGGUGAUAAAGAUGGGUUGAAGCUGAAGCCCGAAAGGAGUUUCAUUUCGGGUACUAUUUUCACCGGAGGGUACAAUUCGAUUACUCGAGGCCAUGUCAUCGAUAUUUCCUUGGAGAAGCCGGAGACGAUGAGAUCCGGCUUGAUUUGUGGAAUGAGAGGGUGUGAUGAGAAAGUAGUUCAAGGAAAGUGUGAAUGCGGGUUUAAAAUUUGCAGAGACUGUUACUUGGAUUGUGUCGGAAGUGGCGGUGGUCGUUGCCCUGGAUGUAAAGAGCCUUACAAGGAUGCUAGUGAUGGUGAUGAUGAAGAAGAUGAAGUUAGUUCUGAGGAAGAAGACGAUCGAGCUUUUCCUUUGCCUUCCAUUGCCGAUUUCAAGCUGGAUAAAAGGCUUUCACUUGUGAAAUCAUUCAAAGGGCAGAAUCAUCAACCGGAUUUCGAUCAUACCAGGUGGCUAUUUGAGACUAAAGGGACAUACGGCUAUGGAAAUGCUGUGUGGCCUAAAGAUGGUUAUGGGGCUGGAUCCGGAACUAAUGGCUUUGAGCAUCCACCAGACUUUGGAGAGAGAUGUAAGAGACCUUUGACUAGGAAGAUUGGAGUUUCUGCUGCAAUUCUCAGCCCAUACAGAUUGCUUAUUAUGCUCCGUCUUGUUGCCCUGAGUUUCUUUCUUACAUGGAGGAUUAGGCACCCAAACCGCGAUGCAAUGUGGCUAUGGGGAAUGUCCAUUACAUGUGAGCUGUGGUUUGCCUUUUCAUGGUUACUAGAUCAGCUUCCGAAGCUCUGUCCUGUAAACAGAAUAACUGAUCUCUCAGUUCUUAAGGAGCGUUUCGAGUCCCCGAACCUCCGUAACCCAAAAGGGAGAUCCGACCUUCCAGGAAUUGAUGUUUUUGUUUCCACGGCGGAUCCCGAAAAGGAACCGCCUCUUGUCACAGCAAAUACCAUCCUUUCGAUCCUAGCUGUUGACUAUCCGGUGGAAAAACUUGCUUGUUAUCUCUCAGAUGAUGGUGGGGCUCUUCUGACAUUCGAAGCUUUAGCGGAGACGGCUAGUUUUGCUAGAAUUUGGGUUCCUUUUUGCCGGAAACACGACAUCAACCCUCGAAAUCCCGAAGCAUAUUUCGGACAAAAGCGUGACUUUUUGAAGAACAAAGUGAGGCUUGAUUUCGUUAGGGAGAGGAGGAGAAUGAAGAGAGAGUAUGAUGAAUUCAAGGUGAGGAUUAACUCAUUGCCAGACUCCAUUAGGAGGAGAUCGGAUGCUUACAAUGCUCACGAAGAGCUUAGAUCAAAGAAGAAGCAGAUGGAAAUGGGAGGCAAUCUUUCAGAUCCUAUUAAGAUUCCUAAGGCUACUUGGAUGUCAGAUGGUUCUCACUGGCCUGGAACAUGGGCCUCUGCUGAGUCAGACCAUUCAAAAGGAGAUCAUGCUGGGAUUAUUCAGGCAAUGCUGGCUCCACCGAAUGCCGAACCGGUUUAUGGUGCAGAAGCAGAUGGGGAGAACUUGAUUGACACAACAGAAGUUGAUAUAAGAUUGCCUAUGCUGGUUUAUGUAUCCCGUGAGAAACGACCGGGUUAUGAUCACAACAAGAAAGCUGGGGCCAUGAAUGCACUGGUUCGAACCAGUGCUAUCAUGUCGAAUGGGCCAUUCAUCCUCAAUCUUGACUGCGAUCACUAUGUUUACAAUUCUUUGGCUAUCAGGGAAGGAAUGUGCUUUAUGCUUGACAGAGGCGGUGACAGGAUUUGUUUUGUUCAAUUCCCACAAAGGUUCGAGGGAAUCGACCUGAAUGACCGAUAUGCGAAUCAUAACACAGUGUUCUUUGAUGUAAGUAUGAGAGCUCUUGAUGGUUUACAGGGUCCAAUGUAUGUAGGUACAGGUUGCAUUUUCCGGCGAACCGCUCUCUAUGGUUUUAGUCCUCCUAGAGCCACCGAACAUCAUGGUUGGUUUGGUAGAAGAAAAAUCAAGUUAGCUUUAAGGAAGCCCAAGGUGACAAAGAAAGCCGACGAUGAGAUGGUACUACCCAUUAAUGGGGAUGAUGAUGAUGAUGAUGCAGAUAUUGAGUCUUUGCUUCUUCCUAAAAGGUUUGGGAACUCUACUUCUCUCGCAGCAUCGAUCCCGGUUGCCGAAUACCAAGGAAGGCUGCUCCAGGAUGUCCAAGGAAAGGGGGAAAAAGGCAGGCCGGCAGGUUCUCUUGCAGUGCCGCGUGAGCCUUUGGAUGCUGCAGUUGUCGCAGAGGCGAUAAGUGUCAUUUCUUGCUUCUACGAGGAUAAAACCGAGUGGGGGAAACGAGUAGGAUGGAUAUAUGGCUCUGUCACAGAAGAUGUGGUGACAGGUUAUAGAAUGCACAACCGUGGGUGGAGAUCGGUAUACUGUGUGAUCAAGAAGGAUGCGUUUCGAGGGACUGCGCCUAUCAAUUUGACCGACCGGCUGCACCAAGUCCUUCGCUGGGCAACUGGUUCUGUUGAGAUAUUCUUUUCAAGGAACAAUGCCUUAUUCGCUAGCCGUCGAAUGAAAUUCUUGCAAAGGGUAGCCUAUUUCAAUGUGGGAAUGUACCCUUUCACUUCAAUGUUUCUCCUAGUCUACUGCAUUCUGCCUGCAGUUUCUCUAUUCUCCGGACAGUUCAUAGUCCAAUCCCUCAGCGUGACAUUCCUGAUAUUCUUGCUGGCCAUCACGAUUACGUUAUGUCUGCUCGCGAUACUCGAAAUCAAGUGGUCGGGAAUCACACUUCACGAUUGGUGGAGGAACGAACAGUUUUGGUUGAUCGGCGGAACCAGCGCACAUCCUGCAGCCGUGCUACAAGGACUCUUGAAGGUCAUAGCAGGAGUAGACAUUUCAUUCACAUUAACUUCCAAAUCCGCCACCCCGGAAGACAGAGACGACGAGUUUGCCGAGCUCUACGUGGUGAAAUGGAGCUUCCUGAUGGUUCCUCCGAUCACGAUAAUGAUGGUGAACAUGAUUGCAAUUGCGGUGGGUGUAGCGAGAACCAUGUACAGCAUGUUUCCACAAUGGAGCAAGCUAGUGGGAGGGGUGUUCUUCAGCUUCUGGGUGCUUUGCCAUCUCUAUCCAUUUGCAAAAGGUUUGAUGGGAAGGAGGGGAAAAGUUCCGACCAUCGUGUUCGUGUGGUCUGGGUUGCUAUCCAUCAUUGUUUCAUUGCUUUGGGUCUACAUAAAUCCUCCAUCUGGUGGAAGGCAGGAUUUCAUGAAGUUUCAGUUCCCUUGAUGUGUUUACCUGUAAUUAAUGAAGUUCCUCUACUUCAUCAUGUAGCUUUAUGUUAUGUGCCUUUUCACAUUCAAUGUA